CACUGCUGAGACAGAAAGCAACACAAGCUACAGAGAAUAAAAUACAAAGCUGAACCGUGUUCCAUCUCACAAGAAGAGGACUUUGGUCUGAUGCUGGACAGUCGAGGCUUCUCCCCAAAGGAGCUGUGUGUCAGGCAGGUGGGCAGGAAGCUGAGAGUCAGUGGGAAGACAGAGGAGAAGCAGGAGGACGGGAAAGGCUCCUACUCUUACAGACUGCAGGAGUUCAGACAGGAGUUUGAUCUGCCUGAGGGGCUGAACCCUGAAGCCGUCACCUGCCACCUGUCUCCAGACGGGAAGCUCCACAUCCAGGCAGCCAAAGCUCCAUGUGCUGAAGAGGCAGAGAGAGAGCUGACUAUCAAGAGGAGCUCAGAGGAUGAAACACAGCAGAGUGUGUGUUCACAGGCAGGAGAGAGCAGGACAGAGACACACAACAGCACACAGGACUAAC